AUGCAUGUUCCAGCUACCGAUACCGAGAUAGCUGCCGUAACAGACAAGCUGGCUCUCAAUGGAAACCAUGAAAAAGUAGUUGAGGACGUUAGCGAUGAUGAUGAGGAAGAAGUUGAAGCUGGUGCUGCCGCUACCGCUACAGGUGCAGCCAAGAAAAAGAAACCCAAAAAGAAGAAGAAGAAGGGUGCUGCUAGUACCAAUGGUGUUGCCAACGUAUCAACCAAUGGAACACCAGCAACUCCAACUAUUGCUAAAGACUCCAAAGGCAUACCGAUACAGACCGAACCACCAACUAUACCUGUUUCCAUACUUUUCCCCAAUCACGUCUAUCCUGAAGGUCAAAUCUGCGAGUACCUGAAUGAAAACUCAUACCGCACAACAUCAGAAGAAAAACGCCACCUCGAACGUCUACAAGCGGACGACUACAAUGACAUACGACGUGCAGCCGAAGUACAUCGUCAAGUCCGUAAAUACGCCCAAAAGACAAUCAAACCUGGCAUGUCCAUGAUUGAGAUCGUCGACUUGAUUGAAAAUGGUACUCGUACGCUAGUGGAAGAGAAUGGAUUCGAGUCUGGCAUUGGCUUCCCAACUGGUGUUUCGUUGAAUCACGUUGCUGCACAUUAUACUCCUAAUGCUGGGGAUAAGACUGUGUUGCAACAACAGGAUGUUAUGAAGGUUGAUUUCGGAGUUCAUGUUAAUGGACGUAUUGUGGAUUGUGCUUAUACCAUGACAUUUGACCCUGUAUAUGACAAUUUGUUGGCUGCUGUCAAAGAUGCUACCAAUACAGGUAUCAGGGAAGCUGGUAUUGAUGUCCGACUAGGAGAUAUUGGUGCAGCUAUACAAGAAGCCAUGGAAUCAUACGAAGUCGAGAUUGGAAACAAGACUUACCAAGUCAAAUCAAUUCGAAAUCUGAAUGGCCACUCUAUUGGACGUUACCAAAUACAUGGUGGGAAGACUGUUCCUAUUGUGAAAGGUGGUGAACAGACCAAGAUGGAGGAGGGUGAGAUAUUCGCUAUCGAGACAUUCGGCUCAACUGGCAAAGGAUAUGUCCACGAAGAUAUGGAGUGCAGUCAUUACGCAAAGACUUUUGAUGCUGGACAUAUUCCAUUGAGAUUACCAAGGGCCAAGCAACUAUUAGCAACGAUAACAAAACACUUCAACACCCUUCCAUUCUGCCGUCGUUACUUAGAUCGCUAUGAUAGCAAGUAUCUUCUCGCUCUGAAGAAUCUUGUUGAUGUUGGUGCAGUCACGGAUUAUCCUCCAUUGGUUGAUAUCAAGGGAUCGUAUACAGCUCAAUAUGAGCAUACUAUUAUACUUAGGCCGACAUGCAAGGAAGUUGUGUCACGAGGAGACGAUUAUUAA